CUUUUCGACUCUGCUCUGCAAAUCGAAGGCUUCUCGGAGCAUCCUAGGAGCGGCCGCCGGCGAAGCAAAGGCAGCAGGCGGAGCGCAGCAGCCUACGGGCAGCCGCGGCGGCGGCGUCGCUAGAGCAGCCGGGGAGGCGCCGCGGGGCCCGGCGCGCCCUCCUCAGCUAGGAGAGGGGAGAAGCCGGGGGCUGCAGCUGGGCAAGGGGGAGGAAAGUGCGUGUGCGUGCGCGCCUGUGUGCGAGGCAGAGAGUGCGAGGGGCGACAGCCUCGGCUCCAGGCGAAGGAGAAGGCAGGGGAACGGGGGUGCAGCCCCCAGCCGUCCCCAAGGCUUUCCCGCGGCGGCCCCGGGCUCCCCAGAGCCUCUCACCAUGGACUUGCGCGGAGUUGGGACGGGCCUCCGCAGCAGCGCCCGGGUGGCUGCCGGGCCCUGGGGGAGCGCGGGCGCGCGCGCGGGGAUGGCGAGGUAGGAUGGCCACCCAGCGCGACCCCCGCCGCCCCAACCCAGCGGCCCCUGGGCGGUGCCGCUGACUCGCCGGAGCGCACAGGGGUGUGGGCGGAGGCGGCCCCGCCGCGCCCGCGCCUUCGGGAGUCGCCUCGCCUCUUCCACCGACUCGCACCUGCCACCGCGCGGAUACCAUGUCGAAGGCGGCCGGAGGCGCGGCGGCGGCGGCGGCGGCGGCGGCGGAAAGUUGUUCCCCAGCCCAGGCCGGCUCGUCCGCGGCCGCGCCCGUGGAGGACCUGUCCAAAGUGUCGGACGAAGAGCUGCUGCAGUGGAGCAAGGAGGAGUUGAUCCGCAGCCUGCGGCGUGCCGAGGCCGAAAAGGUGAGCGCGAUGCUGGACCACAGCAACCUCAUCCGCGAGGUGAACCGCCGCCUGCAGCUGCACCUCGGCGAGAUCCGCGGCCUCAAGGAUAUCAACCAGAAACUCCAGGAGGACAACCAGGAACUGAGGGACCUCUGUUGCUUCCUGGAUGAUGACCGGCAGAAAGGCAAGAGGGUGUCCCGGGAGUGGCAGAGACUGGGUCGCUACACUGCCGGGGUGAUGCACAAGGAAGUGGCCUUAUACCUGCAGAAGCUGAAAGAGCUGGAGGUGAAGCAGGAGGAAGUGGUGAAGGAGAACAUGGAGCUCAAGGAGCUCUGCGUGCUGCUGGACGAAGAGAAGGGUGCGGGCUGCGCCGGCAGCCGCUGCUCCAUAGACAGCCAGGCCAGCCUGUGCCAGCUCACGGCCUCCACCGCGCCCUACGUGCGGGAUGUGGGUGACGGCAGCAGCACCUCCAGCACCGGCAGCACUGACAGUCCAGACCACCACAAGCACCAUGCGAGCAGUGGCAGCCCGGAGCACCUGCAGAAGCCCCGGAGCGAGGGCAGCCCGGAGCACGCCAAGCACAGGAGCGCCAGCCCCGAGCAUCCACAGAAACCCAGGGCCUGCGGGACCCCAGAUCACCCCAAAGCACUCAAAGGACCUAGCCCGGAGCACCACAAACCCUUGUGCAAGGGCAGCCCCGAACAGCAAAGGCACCCGCAUCCAGGGAGCAGCCCCGAAAUGCUGCCUAAGCACGUGCUGAGUGGGAGCCCGGAGCACUUCCAGAAGCACCGGUCAGGGGGCAGCCCUGAACACACCCGGCACAGUGGAGGGAGCCCAGAGCAUCUUCAGAAACACGCCCUCGGGGGCAGCCUAGAGCAUCUCCCCAGAGCCAGGGGCACCAGCCCGGAGCACCUCAAACAACAUUUUGGAGGGAGCCCUGAUCACAAACACGGAGGCGGCGGUGGAGGAGGUGGAGGCAGCGGAGGAGGCAGCAGGGAGGGCACCCUCAGACGGCAGGCGCAGGAGGACGGGUCACCCCAUCACCGCAAUGUCUACAGUGGCAUGAAUGAAUCAACCUUGUCCUAUGUUAGGCAGCUGGAGGCAAGAGUAAGACAGCUGGAGGAAGAAAAUCGCAUGCUGCCCCAGGCCAGCCAGAAUAGAAGGCAACCUCCAACUAGAAACAGCUCAAAUAUGGAGAAAGGCUGGGGGCCCAGAGCCCGGCGGGUCUUGCAGUGGUGGCAAGGGUGCCGAGGAAUAGGACGAUGCCUGCCCACUCUCCCGGGUUCUUUUAGGUUGUCAUCAGGGGCUGAUGGGAGUAACAGUUCACCCAACUCCGCAGCUAGCUUCAGUGGACAUGCCACACCUUCCCAGCAGCCUGAACCUGUGGUACAUUCUCUUAAGGUUGUGUGGAGGAAACUUGGAGAUGCUGCAGGUUCGUGUCCUGGAAUUAGGCAACAUUUGUCAGGAAACCAGUACAAAGGACCAAUGUGAGAUGCGUUCUUUUUCAAACAGGAGAUCACCACUGCCAGAAAAAGACAGAUGACAAGAAGAAGAAAAAGGAAAGAGUCGGUUUCCACAAACCUGGACUCAUGGAAAAACAUAGAGUGAUUGUACAUUGCACAUAUCUUCCCUCUAAAACCUGUAGUACAGCUUCCCCCUCAAGCUGAUGUUCUGUGUCCCUCACCUCAAUGUCCACAACAGUCAAUCUCAAACAAGGUAGCUUUGAAAAUCUGAAACAGAGUAGCUUUGAAAAAUCACCAUUUUGGUACCAGUGUUUUCAUUAGAACUAAGUGUUUUUAACUCCCCAGAUCUAAUACUGUAAUUGGGAAACCUGCACAGUUUUAAGAGUUCAGUGGAGCCUCAGUGGUUUGGAUAGAGCUGACUCAUUGCACCUAAUGGUGGGAGUUUUCUACCAUGUCAUAUUGAAGAUAUGAAGAGGUAUUUUCCAGCUUCCCAAGUUUGAGAAUUGGGCAUCUACCUCUUAAUACUUUAGUUGACAAACCAAAUACGAAUUCCUGAGGCAUCAUUAAUUUAGAUGCAAGAUAAGACUAAGUUUCUGGAGUUUUGUUUUGACUUCCGAGGUGCUAAAAAAAUACCACGUAAAUUCUCCCUACCAGCUAGGAUAGCAAGACUUUGUAGAGUGCUUAUCAGAGGGUACCAUUUAUUUCAAUUGAUCAUUAUAAACGUGUGGUUUUUUUCAUCUUAAUGAGUUUCUCAUAAAGACACAUCUUGGGGCAUACCAACCUUCAUAUUCAUUCAGUGUAUCCAUUGAUGUUAAUAUUAACAAUUUCAACUAAAAAACAAGCAAACAUAAUUUUUCUAGGUGUUUCGAGCUGUGAGAUGUCAAUUUCUACAAAUUAGUUUCUAGACAUGCUGUAUAUUUAAUAAACUUUAUGUAAACUUUAAAAUAUUGCACUGCAUUUAUGAAAAAAGCUUUCUUUGCGUAUUGCAGCUAUCUAACAUUUUAUGAUACUGACGCAUGUCCUUCAUUAUUGAGGCUAAAAGCUCUUGUUCAGAUUGCUUGAGGUUUGAAAAAGAGGUGUGCUAGCUUUGCUUAGUUUAUUUCUUAUUUUUGGUAUACAUAUACAUAUAUAUAAUAUUAGAAUGUGUGUACUGGAAAUGCUAUGAUAGGUAUUUUGUGUUUAUUCAAAUGCAAUGAUAGUUUCUUGUAUGAAUGUGCAAGAGGCCUGUGACCGAAUGCUACGUUUUUAUGGUAGUUUAACAUUAUAAAAGUAGGAAUGCAACAAUUCCCAGUUUUCGGAUAGGUUCUAAAUUUCUGAGAUUUGAUUCAUAGCAGAUAUUCUCUGUUGUUGUUUUAAAUGGGCUCAUUACCUAAUGAAUUAAUUGUCACUAAUAGGAGAAUGUGAAGGAAUUUUGUUACAGUUUCAAAAUUGUUACUGUGAUGAAAAAUCAUCCCUCUAUUUUCAGAAAAUAUUUAUGAAUUAAUUUACUGUAGAAUUAUCCCUUUAAUUAUCAUAAUUGGGUUACAAUUUAAGCUUCCCUUUUAAAAUGUUAUAUUUUAAAAUAUUAUUACUCUAUAAAAGAAAAUUGCUUGCUAUAUUUACACCUUCUUUCCUAGGAAAGCUUUCAUCCUUAAAUUGUUGUAUUCCUACACUCUGAAGACAUUUAAAAUAAGCUUUUGUGCCUGCAGCAGAGCUUGCAGAAGCUAAUACAAGGGACACUGGUCUUUUGACAAAAUAAACUUGUGUAAAUUUUGAUACUGUAUUAAAACUAUUUUUUUAAAGUUCUGCAUAAAAUUGAGUAUUAAGUAUAUGUGUUCAUCUUAGCAAUGGUAAUAAAUUAUUUAAUCUCACA